GAAUUCACAUUUAUACUUUCCGUAGCCCUAGUUACCCACCAUUCCUCUUUCUUUCUUUUUCUCUUCUCUUUCUUCCUUUCUCUCUUUGUGUUUGUAACACCUCAUUUCGCUACAUUGUCUGCGAAAAAUGUUUGGAAUCCAAAAGAUCGGUGUGGCAACUGUUGUUGAAGAAGAUAAUUCGGCAUGUGCGGCAUUGGAAAUAAGGGGUUUAUGCGCAAUUAUUGAAACACUAACAUGGGGGUUAUUCUCCAGAUGAAGACUACGAGAUGGAGGCGUGCUCCGAUUCCGCCUCGGAAUCGUUCGCCGAUUCAGAAGCUUCCUCCGCCAAACUAGGAGAUGAUGCCACUGCCCAAAAGUUCCCCGUAGAGUUCUCGGACCCCACUGAAAUCGAGGAACUACUCAACUUUCUCGACGAGGCAUUGUGCAAAGCAGUCAACAUACGUCGACGAAAGAAUUUUCUCACAGGUAAAACCCUAGACCUUGCCUCUAUUGAGCGUCUAGGUGUCAAGGACCGUUUUGUCGCAUAUUUUGAACGAAUUGGUUGGUCGUGGUUGCUUUGUGAGUCGUCGCAUCCGGUAUAUCAAGAACUUGCUUUAGAAUUUUUCUCUACGUUCAAAUUUGUUGAUACCGCUGAUCUGGAUAAGAAAUGCAUUUCAUUUCGACUUUUCAACAUGCAUCAUGAUCUGUCUUUAAGUGAAUGGUCGGUCAAGUUGGGAAUUUGUACGUUGGAGGAGGUUGUAGAGCAUGAUUUUAGGGCUGCAUAUUGUGGUUUGGAUACUGUGGAGUCAGAUGUGGGGAAUGCGGGGCGGUCAUGGGCCUUACUUGCUCGGUCGGGAGCAUCGCCGUUCGAUGCGUCCCGGUCAUCUGUAUGCGAGGUAGUAGAUCCGGUGUUGAGGAUGUCACCUUUUUCUGUGUUAUAACUUGACUGGUCGGUCGACUAGUUUUUCCAAAGUUAGUGGUGUCGAUUUGUUCUUUUUGAGAUGCAUGCAUGAGGGACUGAAGGUAAAUCUAGGCUAUUGGAUAGCGUCGAGCAUGCAUCAUAUAAGCACGCACCCUACACGCCACCUCACUCUAUGCCAUUUUCUGGGUACAUUCAUUGCACGUAACCUUGAUCUUACUGCUCAUUCCUCUAUGACUCUGUGCAAGGGACCAACCCGUUUUGAUCUUGACAUCCUGGCCACCGCCCGAGUUUUUUUACUUUAACUCGAAUGGCGAGCCUCGCUUUUAUGAGCCGGGGGAGAACCCCCCGAGCAUUGGUGUCCCUGCAGUUCCAGCUUCGCUAGAGGCUUUGACUUUGGAUAUACAGAGCUUGAGGGAUGAGUUCGGGCAGUUUAGAGCCGAGGUGACGCAACAGUUGGCGCGGAUGGACGGGCACGUGGCAGCCCUGCAGGAGAGCAUCGCCAACUUGAGCGCCACGAUCAGACAGGAGCUGCGGCGGCAGCGCGCUCGGUGAUUCCCUUCCUUUUUCUGUUCUUUUUUUAUUGUUCUUGUGUUGUUUUUUUUUCUGUUUUGUGUGUUGUUCUGUGUUUUCGUUGUCCCUUACUUAUACUUUAUUUUGUUUGCUUGAGGGCAAGCAAAAUCUAAGUGUGAGGGGGCGUCUUUGAGUAUUUGUUUUGUUGAGUCAGUUUAUGUUGAGUUUUGCGAGUCUUCUGGCCAAGUAAUUGAUAAGUUCAGUUGUCGGAACAUGCUGUUAGAUUUGAAUAUGUGUGAUAACUUGAUCUUUUUCUA